AUGACGACAGCCAACUUCGUCCACAUCGAUCCCGCCUCCUACACAGGGAAGCCUUGGUCCAAGGUGGAUGGCCCGGGCAACAACUUCGAGCGCAAAAACCACUCUCGACAGGUCCACAACCUUCGCGGCAGAGAGCAUGAGUUCACUACCGACAACGCUGGCUUUGCCGUCUACAACUACCCCUCCAAGGAGAAGCUCUUCACAGACGACUCCGCCGUAAGGACGGGCUACUACCAAGAAGUAGAGAGCCUCCUACGUGACAAGCUUCCUGGUAUCAAGAAGAUCUGCAUUUUCGACCACACCAUCCGCCGAAGAAUAAAGGGCUCUCCUCGCCAGCCCGUGCAGCAGGUCCACGUCGAUCAAACACCAGCAGCAGCCGAAGCCCGUGUCCGGCGCCACCUGCCCAAGGACGGGGCAGACAAGCUUGUCCAAGGACGCUAUCAGAUCAUCAAUGUAUGGAGGCCAAUCGAGCACCCAGCAUCGGACCAUCCGCUUGCUGUCAUUGACUGGCGAACGACCUCGCCUUCUGACUUUAUCGCAACUGAUCUCAUGUAUCCCCGUCGAGACUCGCAGGACGCCGACGAUGAUGACCGUGGCAAGGAGGUUUUGCCAGACCCUAGCAAAUAUGCCUCCAUUGAAGGCUACGAGGUCAAGGGCGAAACCAUGGGCGUGGCACCCAACGACAACCACCGAUACUACUACCAAAAGGAUAUGACGCCAGAAGAAGUACUACUUCUCAAGUGCUUCGACUCAUAUGGUGAGGGCAUGCCCAACGGAAUAAAGGGCCUCGCUGUGAGAACGCCACACACAGCCUUCGAAGACCCCCAGACACCAAAGGACACGCCGGGCAGACAAAGCAUCGAAGUGAGAUGUCUGGUUUUUUACGGUUAG